UUGGCGCCAUAAUUUUACUACUAAAGUAUAAUUAUACAUUUUUGCGCGUUGUCUGAAGUUUGAAUAUUUAUUGUGAUUAUAUUACUCUAGUUGUAAGUUUAAAUAGACUAUUUUUAAGUCUAUAAAGUUUUUCCUAUUUGUGAAGUAGCUUUACUGUCGUGAGGAGAUGGCAAAAGUGCAAGUGACAAAUGUGGUCGUGUUGGAUAAUCCGUCUCCCUUCCUCAAUCCUUUUCAAUUUGAAAUAACAUUUGAAUGCAUAGAAAAUCUACCUGAAGAUUUGGAAUGGAAAAUAAUUUAUGUUGGUUCAGCUGAAAGUGAGGAGUAUGAUCAAGUAUUGGACUCUGUCUUAGUUGGACCUGUACCAGAAGGAAAACACAUGUUUGUCUUUCAGGCAGACCCACCGAAUCCUAACCUGAUUCCGCUCGCGGACGUCGUCGGUGUAACUGUCGUCCUCAUCACGUGCUCGUACAGAGGUGCGGAGUUUGUCCGUGUCGGCUACUACGUCAACAAUGAGUACAGUGACCCGGAGUUGAGGGAAAACCCUCCAUCGCAGCCUGAGUUUGACAAGCUCGCUCGCAACAUUCUUGCUUCGGACCCACGCGUGACACGCUUCAAGGUCGACUGGGGUGAUGAGUCGGGCAACGAGGAAAACGUCCAGCCAGCAGUCAGCAUGGACGCAAACUCCAACCAACCGAUGGCGAUGGAGACUUCGUCCAAUCACACGGCAGACGAUGCGAUGGCGGGCAUCGACGCGAUGAAGCGGGUGCAUGGACCAGCUGCGACGCCGGCCACCGGAUUAUGAGGGGGCGCCACAGUAGUAAUCAUGUGCGUGUCAAAUCGCCGCUGUAUAUUUUUUCACAUAGGUUUUGUAUGAUAUCGAUGUUGAGCCCAAACAGGUGGCAGCAUCAGCCGGGGCAAAUGACACAGGCGUGUGUUCUUUUUUAUUUGUCGUGGCUGCUGCCUUACAAAGCAUGCGAAUUUUACCUGGUCAUUGUGAGAGUGCCUUGUUUGGGCUGCUUAUGUAAAUAAGGCGAGAUCCGGGACACGAAUAACCGAGGUGUCGUCGCUGCGAUGGUGAGUAACACAUGUUGAAUACGUUCAUUUGUCCACACUUACUCUGGAUGCAUACGUCGGUAAUCAAAACGUGUUUCAUCGUGCACACACUGCAGAGUUUGGCUCUUCGAGUGAUCUUGAGCAUUUUCUUUCUGCCGUUGUGGAACACCGUGUAAAUUACACGUUGCGUGCAUGCACUGUAACAUUUAUUCAACAUCUGCAGCAGAGAUUUUGCACGCUUGCUCACCUAUCACUCUCCUACACUACCCUAGACGACAGACACAUGCGCAUCAGUUACGCUUGGGAGUGUUGGAUUCACUCUAAAUAAUGCUUGCUGGAGCCAGUAUUUCAUUAAGAUAUAAAUUGUGAUUGCAUAUUACACAAUUAGUGCAUCGCUCUUGCAUCUGCAUCCUCCUAUCAUGCCUAUGCAUUAUCUUUACUUGGAAUUUGUCGCUCGUUACCUGAACAAGUGGAGAAAACGGCUUAUACUCACAAUUGCGAUCUCAGUAUCGCGUCGACCAACAACCGUCCGUUGGAAUAUGAUGUCCGUUGUUUGGUGUUAUUCGUGGACAUUAUGGUACUAUUUAGGUGGAUGGCCACUGUAGUGGUGUAGAUGGAAAGAUGUAGUACAAAUUACAUAAUUAUGUGUCAGCCGUACAUGUUUGUUUCUGUGGUAUCCUACAAUGCAUCUAGGUAUUUCAGGAAGUGGUUUUGGUUGCACUAAUGAAGUGGAUUUACAGAAUAUCAGGCUUCUC